AUGGCAUUGCAACAAAGGGAGGUUGACCAUCAACGUCAAGAGUUGAAUGAGUGGCAGGCUGACAUGGACCGCCGACAAAGAGAUGCCACCGCUGCCCUGGAGGCAGUCAUCCAAUUGGCACGAGGACAACCUGCCCCAACUUCUCAACCAGAUGAGCCACCAAGUGCACCACCACAACAAGGCCUAGACCCAAGCCCUCCACCUCAGCCGACAAGCCCUCAGAGGCCAGAGCAACAUCCUGCUGGUCAACAAGAUAUUCCAUUCCAAAAUCCUAAGCAACAACCACCUUCUCGUGCUGGUUGUGAUAAUCCCCAGCGGCAAAGGCAGAGUAGGGCUGGGCAGCCUCCCCAAAGUCCUAGACGCCAAACUACUGAGGAACCAAAUUCUUCGAGCAGGGGACAACACCCCUUCUGCUAA